AAGUCCUUUUCCCAGGCGCGGGACUUCCCCGGGCCCCAGCGAGGGGCGGGGGCGGUCAUUAGCCGCCAGCUGGUCGCGAGCCGGCGGCGCGCGGGUGGGGCCGCGGCGCGUGGGCGCGUCCCUGGUUCCGGGAUGGGGAGUGGGGCUCUGAAGAGCCCGGAGGACGCCAGCCCGGGGAGCGGGGGCGCCCUGAACCUCCGAGCCCCGGCUGGGACCCUCGGCCCGUUUCCUGGGGCGGUUUUUUCAGCCUCGGGGAGCCGCCUGACGCCGGCCUUCGGCCUACGCAGGCGCUCGCGGGUGGCCUGUGGAGUUAGGCUCCCGGCGCCCUCCACCCUCGCCGGCAGCGGCGACCCUCCCCUUCCGAAAUGGGAGCCCCCUUUAGGGCCAGCUGUAGCGUCGCCGGCCUCGGGCUGUUGAGAGGCGACCUCAGCACCACCUGUGGGGUGGAUGGGUGCAACGGCCCCAUACCCCAGGCCCGAGCCUGCUCUUCCCCAGUGCCGAGUCAGGGCGCUCUGCGUUUUCGUUUGCUGACACCGAUCAGUGAGGACCCCAAAUGUAAAAUGAGUGGAAAAAUGGAAAGUGUAAUAUACUAAGUGAAAGAACCUGGGCAUACUUGGGGCCCGGAUGUGCUGACAGGACCCAGGCAGCUGCUGCAGUGUCGCACAUAGAUCUGUGUGGAGGGCAAUAUUGCAAGUGGGAAGACAACAUGCCUGGAGUUCUUCUCCAACACGACAGACAUCGAGGUACGGCAUCCAAAUGGGGUUCCAAGGAGCGUGAAAAGCCUUGGUGUUAAUGGAGCCUGUGCCCAAGUGGAGAAAUGUCCGUGGCCAUAAUCCCCUGGGUCUGAUGUACCAUGAUGCCUGUCGAUGGGGUCUCACACUGCAGACAUAUGUGCAGCUCACCAUGUUGGACCAGCACACUCGUCCUCAGACCUCACCUCUACGACUGAUGGAGAGGUCGCUUCACAGCGCAAGAUACAUUUUUGUGGAAAACCUGUAUAGAAGUGGGAAGAUGCCUGAAGUGGACUACGUGAUUCUCUCUGAAUGGUUUGACUGGAUCGUGAGGAAUAUUGAUGUGUCCAUUGACCUAAUAGUUUAUCUCCGGACCACUCCUGAGACCUGUUAUGAGAGAUUAAAGAGGAGGUGCAGGCAAGAGGAGAAGGUCAUUCCGCUGGAAUACCUGAGUGCUCUUCACCAGCUCUAUGAGGAGUGGCUCAUCACGGGAAGCCUUUUCCCUGCCGCAGCCCCUGUUCUGGUGAUUGAGGCUGACCACAACAUGGAGAAAAUGCUAGAACUCUUCGAACAAAACCGGGCCCGAAUAUUAACUCCAGAGAAUUGGAAGCAUGGCCCAUAGGUGGAAACAUCUGUAGGACCAUGUCAGGAAAAACUCUUUUAGUGGCCAAGUUAGCUGUUAGGAGCAAUUUGGAAAAAUCUACUCUCAGGAGGGCCUUUUUUCUGGCCAGAUUUAUUUUCCUAAUGAUCUUUUCUCCUUGGCCAGUGUCUUCAUUGUGGGUAAAUGACAAGUGGGACCAAUGGUUUGUUUUUGUAGCUUCCCAUCCCCCCGAAGCCCUCAGGACAGCACUUGCUGUGUGCUAGGUCAUGCUGGCCUCUGUACAUUCAGACCACCGGGAGAGUGAAGUAGCAGCUUUACAAAUCCAACCAUGGAAUUUGAAGCCGAGAGGUUAAGGGACUCACUAGGAUCAUGCAGCCCAUGUGCAGAAGAGCUGGUAUUAUUUAGACUUUUAGCCCAGGCCAUCUUGUCCUAAGACCUGUUCCGCCAGAGUCUGCCUUUCUUUGCCACAGACUCUUACAUCUUUGUGGGGAGAGCUGGCAGUGAGUGGAGUGACCUUAUCUUGUAAUUGAUCAGUUCUCAAGGACAGUCAGCAGUUCUAGACCUUACAGCAUUGCAUUUUUUGGCUUGAGUACAGUGUUUAGUGGUUUCCCAGCAUGAGACUGUGGCCCCUCAAUUGCCCUGUCAUCUGGACUUUCCAUGACCGCAGAAGAAGCACGUGUCAUCUCAUGAUCAAUGCCCACUCUCCUCUCUGAACUGCUGCCAAUUCCACUUAGGGAAACAGCAUUAGGGACCUGGCCACUUUGCCCUGUCCCAAGCUGGCUGGGGACAGCCAGCCCUGGCUUCAAGGCUCCAUCACUCCCUCUUUUCCUUGUUGCCUUGGGAAUUAUUGAGCAUUUGUGGCCCAGGGAGAGAGACAUAAGUGGCCUUAAAUCUUUUUGAAAUGUUUUUCCACCCAAGGGGACACCUUGGGUCAUAGAGCAUGAAACCAUCUUCAUUGGUUCAGAAAAUAAUGUGGCAAUGCACUGAAGGCACAGCUGCCUCCAAACUGAACGGGAAGCAAGAGAAAGGAAGAACAUUCCCGUUGGGCCUAGUCUGGACAAGAAAGUCAGAAGGAAGGCUUUUGAAACAUUGUUGCUCCUGACAUUUGGGAGGUGGUCAGAGAGCUUCAGGAGACUGGGUGCAAACACAGGAAGGAUUAUUGGGAACUCCAGAGAAAUGCCCAGCUGAUGGCCUGGGCCCCACCCCUCAGGACGGACAUCUGUGCAUGUACGCUCAGCCUCUCAAUAGGUGCCAGGUACUCCUGCUGGUCCACGCACAGAGAGUGCUAAGAGGCAAGGAUGCCAGUUUCUGACCCUGUUUGGACCAAUUCUUGGGUUGUGUCAGCAGAUAAAGGACAGCACCCAAGGGGACUGUGUCCAUUGGCUCCUGUGGUCCAAAUGCUGGUGAUUGACCAGAAAACUGGAGAAGGCAGGAUCCUCAGCUACCAGGAAUCCUGACAUGCUGGGGCUGUCUUUGGGAAUUUGUAAAUGAAGAGUCCAGGAUUUUUCCCUCAGCUCAAUUUGAGCACCUAUUUUUGGAAGAAAUGUGAUUUUUUUUCUUGCUUUAUGGUAGCCAAUAAAUCCUUCACUUAGAUCCUGAUCUUAGUCUUCAGGUGCUUCCUAUGCCAGCAACUUUACCUCCCUGCAGCGUCCUUUUGCCAGUAGAAUAAUGUCUUUAUUUUGUAAACAUUGUUUCCUAAUGACGUGGUAUCAUGCAUGGGUCCAAAAAGAUCCCACUGUCUUCCCACCUGGGUGCCUUGGAGAGGAAGCAGUGUAAUCACUAGAGGAUGCAGCUGGUUGCAGAAACCUCCCAGUCUUGAGAUCUCACCUUAAGUGAAUGGAGCCAGCUUGCACAAGAGCUGCUGUCCCCUGUGGCAUGCAGGGAUCACAGAGCAACUAUAAACACCACCAUGAGCUAGGGCCAGAAAAGAGCAGAUGGCUUAUGGCAUGAGGGGGCCUAUUUCUUAGACCUAGGGGGCCCUCCCUAGAGCCUUCCAGGAAUAGCUCAAAGGACCAUGGCAAGGGCUGUCGUCCCUGAAGAGCCAGAGUAAACCAGGACAAUGACAUUGCAGACCUGCUAGGGUCACCCUGUUCUUACUCAGGCUGGGGAUCCCUGGGGUGUAAAGUCGUAUACUCAGAACUGCCUCAGGUGCUCCAACUCUUGUGAAUAUUUACUUAAAUUCUUGAACAGCAUGUACAUUUUCUUCCAGUUGCAUUUUUAGUGAAAUAAUUCCAAUUUACAUUUAAGCUUUUUCGUCUUAGUGUACAGUAUAGAUUAGAACCAUUA